CUUCUCUUGAGGGGGGCGAGGUUGAAAGGGAGGGAGACGACGAGGUAGAAAACAGGCGACAUCCACACAGAUUUUACCCUCUGAAGGCAUCCCGACAUCUGCGCCGUGAAUGCACCGCAGCUCCAGCCGGCCAGUUUAAGACGCUAAAGAAUCCGCUAUCAUGUGGACAGUCAGAGUGAUCGCACUCAGCCUUCUGAUUACCACAGCUCUUUCUGCCCCCAUAAAAGCUGAUGAGGAAUCUAUCAUCUUAUUCCAUGGAGAGGAUUUCCACAUCCUGCUGCCCUCCCAGAAGGUGGAGGUCUUAUUUCAGAACAGGUCUACUCCUCGGCCAAAGGAUGUGCACCUGAUGAAGGAAGGCAAAGUGGUUCACAAUCGGCCCACACUCGACCGCUCCAACACCCACCUCCUUAUAGAGGCUGUGGGUGAGGGAGAUGAGGGCGUGUACACCGUGAAGAAUCUUGAGAAGCGAGACGAUGUCAGACGCAUGUCGCUUAUAGUCCGAGAUUGCACCGUUGAGCAGAUGGUCAAAUAUGGAGACAAGUUCAGUAUUCAUGUGGCUGGGGUGGCUGGUCCAAUCACCCUUGAAUAUAGAUCCAGUGCUAUAGAGGCCAACCAGACAGCUAAGCCAGGUUUAGUGAUACUGACUGCUACAGGGACAUCAACAGAGCUCUAUCAGGGUCGUGUCAGCGCCAAUGAUCGUUUUGUCACCCUCAGUGGUGUUACAGGUGCAGAUGAGGGUAGCUACACUGUCAGGGAUAACAAAGGUCAUAUUCAACGGAAAGUCUGUCUCAAUGUCAGAGAGCACAAAGAGUUUGUGAAAUUGCAGCAUGGUAAACAACUGAAGAUAAACCUGAUACUCAACAGCUCCUUGGUCCACCUCUACUACAGCCCCCAGAAAGACUCCACACAGAGCCUGCUGUUGGACAAUGGAGAAUUUACACCUGCUCAAACAGAGCUGGGUUUUGAGAACCGUCUGUCUCUGGAGGGUUUACUGGUCAUUCUUAAUGAUAUCAAGAGUGGAGAUGAAGGCCUGUUCACAGUUAUGGACCUAAAGAAUUUCACUGUGUCUACUGUCCACCUGGAAAUAAAACCCUACAGGCUGGAGACGCUGUAUGUGGCCAUUAUUGCCCUGUUGGGGCUGCUGGCUUUCCUUCUGCUGGUCUGCCUGCUGUCCUGUCUGAUCAAAGUGAAGAAAAGGGCCAAGAGGGCUGCCGCCCUGGAGAAGAUUGCCCAAAAUGCUGGAAAAGAGGAUGAGGGAGAGGCCUUCAGACAGGUGGUCAAGAACAUCACCAAACUCAGCGAGGAAUCCAAGCAUUCCCAGGCUGACACCACAGAGAAGUCACAGAGCACUGAGGUGGAUAUUAAAGGUCUGGAAGUUUCCUCUAAAGAAGUUGGAGUUGGUAAUCUAGAGACCAGUGACUCUGGUGUUGGCUUUAACACUGCUCUCCCACUGGACACUGACACUGAGGCCCCUGAUCAAAUCCCUGACUCCGAGGCUGUAAGCAUCUCUGUUGCUCCUGAAACCAAACCAAGUCUUCCAUCUGCUGCUGAGUCCAAGCCAAGUGCUCCUCCGGGUGUGGAAAUUAAGCCCAGUCCUAUAUCUGAAACUAAAGUAACUCCAGCCCCUGAGACUAAAAAAAUUCCUGAUCAACCUGUGGAGGAAAAGUUGGAUGUACCCAAAGCAACAGAUGCUAAACCUAGUCCAGCCCUGAGCCCAGAACCCAAGGCUGGUCUGAGUCCAGCUGAUAUAAAACCUGCACCCAGCCCAAGUCCAGAGCCUAAACCAGCUGUUCCCAAAGCCACCACUCCAACACCUGAGAGUAAGAGUGCCCUAACUCCCACACCUGAGCCCCCCAAGCCAACCACACCAGAACCUAUUACCAACGGCACGCCCGAGCCGGGGCCGGAUUCCAAACCGAGCCCGGAUCAUGCUGAUAUUAUCAAAGGCUCGGCUCCAAAAGCAAUCACUCCUAAAACCCCUGAAGUGGAGCUGAAAGCCAGUGGUGCCACAUUGGAGGCCAGCAAAGAUGGCACUGUAGCCGAGGAUUCAACUACUACCACUUGAGAAGUGCCCCUUCAAAAACACAAAGGAAGCCCCACAGAUCUUCUCCACCACUCACCACUACCGUAGACAAUCGAACACCCAUUACCAAAUAAUGAGGAAAUCACUGCAGCUGGGGCGAGGACCUCGAUUUAACAUGACUAAUGCCUGAACACAGUAUUACCUUGAUAAUCUCACUUAUCUAUAACUAACACUUAAACCUUUGAGACUCUCUGGCUCAGAAACAUUUCACAUAACAAACGUGGCUUUUGAUUGUUAAACAUUUUAGUUGUACACACCUCGCAGCCUUGUUAUUUUGUUCAUUUUUUAAAGUAAAACUGCCAGACUGCAAUUUCAAUCUUUUGCAGCAUUUACAACUAAAAUGUUUACUCCACAUGAGGUCUUUUUCUAAAGUAUCCAAAUGGUUUACGGCAUUUCAUUAAAACAACUCACUAGAAUUGCUUAUUUGACCUUAACUAACCACAAUUUCCCAUUAUGAUGCUUGUUCCUCUAAUAGCAUGUGGAUGAAGCAGAUAAAAAGCAUACAAUUUUUCAUGUCAAGCUUCCUAAAAUGUGUGAUGGAUUGAUAUCAUCAAAAUAAAAACCCCUCUAGAUUGCACUGCUGGUGAACUUUUGUACAUAGGUGAAAUGUGGAUUUUAUUCACAUGAGCCAGUCCUCUAGAAACAUCCGCAGUGCAUUAUUACAUAGACUUUAAUGUAACUUUAGCUGUGCGCACGCACGCACGCACACACGCACAGGCAUUUAUACUAAUAAUACUAACCACUUUAUUUAUAGUCUUUGAGACUGAGAUUGAGACUCCCAGUGGAAAUUUCAGACGAUUAAUCUGUGUUUUGCGGGCUGAUCCCUCAAGUCCAGAUCAUCCACUUUAUUGCCUUUGAUCUGGAUUUCCCCGUGGCUCCAUAAAAAACCCAGUACCCUUACAGUUUAAUGGGAAAGUCAUGCCAGCUGAAACUUCAACCACUUAAUGGGACCACCCUGCGCUCGCAGUAUGAAAUACAAAAUCAAAUUGCAUGGUAAAUUCACAUAGUUAGAACAUGUUUCUUUGGCUCGCUUGUUUCUUUGUUUUUUUCAUUCUUUCUGCUGCUGUUAUCCCUCCCUUUUUCUUUGCCUUUGUUCACUCUUCUUUUUGUUUCUACCUCCAUCACCUCCACCAAGGUGGCUUUGUCAUUGGUUCGGCUGAUUGAUUAAUUAAAAAAAGUAUGGAAAGAUUUGUAUGAAAAUUUUACAAGAGCUGGGGCUUGGUCCAUCUUAGAAGUGAUCAGCUUAUGGAUUUAAUCCAGAUCUGAAUUGAGGGAUUUUUGGAAAGAUUCUUCACAGUCAUGAGAUAGGCCAAAUUUAAAAUUUUGCCCCAUAUCUUCACAAAAAAGAGACUAAUUGGGAGAUAAUGAUUCAUGGUGCGGAGGAAAUUUUAGCCUCCACACCAUGAAUAUGCAGUCUUUCACUUCUUCCUCUCUUUAUCCUCACACCUCUUUCUUCCUCUCCCUUGUUCUGCUUUCAUUUGCAUGCUGUCUUUUUUUUUUUUUAGCAACUUAAAUUCAUGGCCUUUUUUAAAAAAAAUUCUAACUAGACAUUUCCUUCAAAAUAUUAGAUUUUGUUGACAGUGACAGAGAGCUGUUCCCAUGUCUUUGACACUGUAAAAUUUGGGAGAGCCCUCACAAUAUUUUUGCCUCACAUCUUCACCGGCUCCAAAAACUCCUGCAGUGUGAAUCCUUCAUCGGGUCCAUAACCCCGUCUGUGCAAAGCUGACCUGGGUGAGUUUUUAGGUUUGACGAUAUCCAGUCAACACAAUUUCAGUUGAAACUCUUUUGGUACAUAUGAUACAGAGGAGGUGUGCAGGUACAUUUUAAUGUGCACGUCUCUACCUCAUGUUUUAACUGACUAGUGACAAACCAACUGCUGUCCAGGUUUGAUGCACUGAAAUCAUCAAAAAGCAUUUUGGAUUGUCGAGAGAAGUACAACAAGUCCAGCAUCAAAAUUCAAUCAAAUUAUCAGAGAAAUGUAGGAAAUCUAAAAGUACAUCCAUGCACAAUCAACUGACCUUUUCUUUAUAGUUUUCCUUACUAAUAGAGUUUUCUUGUGAGUUAAUGAAUAUGUCAGCAUCCAAAAAAGCCAUAAAACGAGUUAGAUGUCAGAUUUGAUACCAAGAUCAACACAAUAAAUAAACUAAAAUUACCAAAAAAAAAAAAACUCAAGGUGCCUCAGCAUUAGCUGGAUUAACAGUAUUGGUAAGUCAGAUGUAUUACAAAGGCAUUUUAAUGUAACGUGUACGACGCUGUAUACGCCUUAUUUCCAGCCUGGAUCUGUGUGGGAACCACAACCCUAUUUGGCAAUACUAACAAUGCUCUUCAUAUAAACGUAUACACACACAUGUAGACACACACAUGUAAAGCACAAACAUGCACUCCAGCCUUGUAAAUACUGCAUGUGUAUGAAAGCGUAACCCCCACAAGGCUGAAUGUUUUUAAUGUAUAAACCAGCUGUCGUAUCAUGCUUAAUAAUAAGAAGGAAAUCAUUUAAAUUUCUCUACAAAUAUAUAUACACACACACACACACACACACACACACACACACAUAUUAAUAUUCACUAAUGUCUUGAACUAAUUUAACAACCAAAUAUUGUAAAUUCCCAUCAAGACUAUAUUAGCCCAUUUUAGAUCAGUUAUUGUCUGCUGCUGUCAGCAUACCAUAUCUCUCACAGUAUUUACAUGUUAAUAAUGUUUAACCAGUAUCAUAUACAGCAUUGACUGCAGCAUGCCCACAACAUGUUCUGCUUCUAUUGUCCAGACGUUGUGUCAGUGUGUGUGAAUAGAGGAGCGGUGUUUUUAAUGUCGCCAUCGUUGUGUGCAUUUCAAAGUCCAUAUGCCUAUGAUGCACGUAUCUGUAAGUGUGUGAGUGAUUAAUGAGUGAGUGUGUGCUGAAUCUAUGCACAGGCAGUUUGUACAGAAAGGAAAUUAUGUGUGCUUUUCCAUUUGUUGUGAGUAAAGUAUCCAUGUGCCUGCUUCAAUCGUCUUGCAGUGUGAAUAGAAAAAAAAAACGCUGUGUUUAAAUCAUGAGUGUGAAUGUGUUGAAAGCCACAAAAAUAUUGUAAAAACGUAUUGUAACUUUGAGAUAUUCAAGUGACUCUUUGUCUUUGUUUUAGUGCCUAAAAUGUAUAUUGGAUAGUUGGCCUGUAUUCUGUCGUUAGCCACAUCCUAAUGGCACCUUUUUUCUUAAUAAGUAGGAUAUUUACAGAUGCAGAAGGCAGCUUGAACACCCGAAUGAACAAAGAAACACAGCUGUCUGAUCUAAGAUGUAUUAAUGUGAAAAAAAAAUGUGUAUGAAUGAGUAAGUCAGCCAUUCCCAAAGUCAAGAGUGCUGUAGCCCACAUAAAAACCAGAAAAUCCCAUGGGGCCCCCCUGGUUGUCCGAUAGUGCUGGCUGGUGAAAUUUUCCUGACUAGAAAUCUGUCUUCAAAAUACAAGUGAAAGUGAUACAUGUCCUUGAAAAUUAGAUUUAAUAAACAUAAACAACACAGCUAAUAUAAUAUAAAUAUAAAUUAUAAUAUAAAUAGAAAUAUAAGUUGCUACCCAGUCAUAUGUAAAGUGCUAAUUCCCAAUAUGUGACCCGCUUGCCACGAGGACACAAACUUUAAUACAAGAGCAGUAAAUUUAGGUCAGAGUAAUGAGUAAUAUCGCAAACUAACCACCUCCUAUUACCAGUUUUAAUUCACUUUUUAUAUAAAUAAAUACAUUUUUAUAUAAAUAUGUAUCUAUUUGCAUAUUUGUGAGUAAUUUCAAACUGAAUUUCUGUUAUUACUGCGGCCCACCUACAGUACCUUCACAGCCCACCAGGGGGGCAUGGCCCACACUUUGGGAAUCACUGGCCUAAGUGAACAGAGUCCAACUGGUAUAUCAGUCCAACAUAUUGGCCGAUAUUAGUAAUUUACCUAUAUAUCAGUAUUUAGUAUUAGUGGCAUUUAUAAUGGCCAAUGAAUGAAAAUUUUAAAAAGUAAGGAUGUUGCAUAGUUUGCCUACCAGAGGGCACUCUGAAGUCUGAUUUUGAAGCCUCAAGACAAGCAUUUUAGGUGUCGUCAUCUUGGUUGCAAAAACCCGAGGAGGGGCAAAUGUGGCUGUGGUGAUUUAAAAAUAUUGGAGUUUGAAAUAAUCAACUAUCGGCAUUGGUAUCGGUCUUUAAAAUCUUUUAUCGGUUGAGCUCCAAAAGUGAUGAAGGGAGUCUGACUUAAUUGUAAGUAGCACACAGACUGCUGAGUGCAUUUUGCUUGUACGUGAAGGUGUUUCCAUUAAUUGAGUCUAUGGCUUAGUUUGGAGUUUGUGAGUGAGGUCAUGGUAGCAGCAGAUGAAUGACAAGGCUUUGUGUGGGUAACCCUUUGGGUUAUGUUGUUGUAAGCAAUUAAUGAGAGGUGACUAGAACAGCAUUUCAACACACCAAGAAAGCCACUUAGAGUGAGUAUAAGAGUGAGAAAGGCAGACAGUGAGUGAAAGGAAGAGUUAUUACAGCUAAAUUGUGCCAGGGGGAUUGUGGUUUCAUACCAAUCUCUGAUUAGAGAAAACACUGUGGUUAAGACCACUUGUACUCCUUGCACUAUGUGAGUUGUCUCUGCCCUGAUAUUCUCUAAUUCCUGCCGCUGUCCUGGCCUGGUUGUGGUUUGAUGUCCCACAUGGUCUCUCUGUACUUCCUUUUUGCACAACACUUCACACAGAUGUUUUGUAAAGAAAAUGUCUUUAUUUCAUGUCUAAAGGAAUACUAAGAAUAAACAAAAGAGAUUAUGACA